UUCUGCGGUAACUUCUAAUUUCGUAUUACGGGAUGUUGUUGUAAAGAGUAUGGUAAAGAGCAGGCAUACGUGAAUUUUCUCGUCAUGCCCCGAGGUUUGUUCUCUUAGGAAAUGCAGAGGUCAAUUCCAUUCCAUGGGUGGUGUUGUUGAUUAUGGAGUUGGCUUGGACAUCAAGACCUCCCCGCGUGGCGCUGCAAUUGAGAAGGCGCAGGCAGAGCUGCGGCAGGAAUAUGAUGUAAGAGAGGAACGGAAAAGAGAACUAGAAUUCCUUGAAAAGGGAGGCAAUCCCUUGGAUUUUAAAUUUGGCCAUGCAGCAUCCACCAGUCUACAAUCUACGUCUUUGGUAGAUCAGCGGGCUGAGCAAUAUGCGAUAAGCGAAGCAAAGGGUAGUUUUGCCUUGGCUGCCUCACCGCACGGAGAUUCUAUUGAAAGCAGUGGCAGGCCUGCAGAGUCCGUGGGUAAAGAAACAAAUACUGCUGACAACCUCUUGCUAUUUGAUGGAGAAAACAGUAAUCCCGCUGGAGAGAAAAAUGUGAAACGUAUAGGAAAAAGAGGAAAUGUUUCCCUGCUCGAACAGUCUUCAGAAGGUGGUGGAAGCAGUCAUGCGAAGGAGACGGAGGACUCUCUUAUUUUCCACCUCGGGGUUAAAAAUCAGGCAUAUGCUCGAAGGAACCGAUCAAGGACAAGUCGUGAUAGUCACAGUAAUAAAUCUACUGCACCUUCUUCCCUCCCCGAUCAUCAGGAUGGAAACAGGUCAAUACGGGAACCACACACAGGAAAGCAUGGGGUAUCUCAUGUUUCUAACUCAAAACCUGCAAGUUCAAAGGGUGAUGUCUUACCAAAAGCAUCCACCAUUGAUAGUAAGUCGGAUAUGGAGCUUGAUGGAGUACAAACUGAUCAUGCAAGUGUGGACAAGAUGAAAGAUGGGUUACGAGAUGGAGAAACAGAAGUUAAUCUUUCUGAAACUGUGCAGAACAAAAACCUGUCUAGUCAGCACACUAAUUCACCUGGAGAGAAAGUUGCUAAAGAUGAAGCUACUUCAGUUGUUCUCCCUUCGGUUGCCCUUGAAUCCACUGGAAGUGGAAAAGAUAACUGUAGUCUUGAUAGAGUGAAUGGAUCCAAUGCUGAAGAUAAAGCUGCCACUGGUGUACUUGACAGUGAUAUCAGUAAAAAUAAUUGUGAUAUUGAUAGCACGACAGAUGUUCAGAGGCUGAGCAAUGUUGAAACAGAAACUCAUGCUGAGAAUGGAAAUAUAGCUGCUGGAAAUGCUAUCGGUGAAAAUUGUGUCAUGGUAAGGAGCGAGGAAGUUAAAUCAAUUAGAGAGUGCAAAGAAAGUUCAUUAUAUGAAAAAACUUUAGAUAAUAAAGGGGUGAGAGAAAAUGGCCUGUUGGUUGGUGUUGGUGGUCCGAGCAGUACUACUGAUGGACCAAAAUCUGUUAACCCAAAUCUAAACAAUCCAACAGCUCGCAUUAAAGAUGAAGUUGAGUCAUAUGAUAAUAGAGUGGACACUAUUUCGAAACCUGAGAGCUUGAAGACAAAUGGUGAAACUGUCUCAAAGCCUGAGAAAAAGUUGGACAACUCUCUAGCUGACAGUUCCCAUUCCAUUAACAAGGCAGGUGUCAUAACAAGCAGUUUAGUUGUUUCCACCUGUGAGCCUUCACCUGCAGCUCUUUCUAAAAAAGGUAACUCAACUCCCUCUGCAGUUCACAUUAAUGCAGCUAACCAACUAAAAUUGGCAAAGAAGGCACGUGAAGAUGCAAUUUUGAAAGAGGCUCGGGUUAUUGAGGCAAACCUUAAGAUGACUGCUCAACUAUCUUCAUCUUAUAAAUCUUCUGAGAAGAGGAGGAAGUGUCAUUGGGAUUUCGUCCUCGAGGAAAUGGCAUGGCUGGCAAAUGAUUUCAUGCAGGAGCGCCUCUGGAAGACAGCAGCUGCAGCACAUAUCUGUCAUUGUAUUGCAUCAAACGGUCGUUCAGAGUUUGAGCAGAAUAUUAUUCGCCGGAACCAGAAAAAUAUAGCUGGAACUCUGGCGAAAGCUGUAAUGCAUUUUUGGCAUUCUUCUGACGCCUUUCAAACAACUGAAAAGGUGCCCAAUAACACAAAUGGAGAGUGCAAUACAUUUGAAUCAUGUGAAGUUAAUGGAGAAGCUGAAAAGGAUCAGGACAACAAAAAAAUGGAAGCAGGGAACAUUAGUCUUCAUCCUUCUAUUCAAAGUUAUGCAGUUAGGUUCUUGAAAUAUGAUCGUAGCACAUCCACUUCCGUCUUGGCUGAAGCACCACCAACUCCUGACAGAGUGAAUGAUGCAGGCAUACUAGAAAAAACCUGGGACAGUGAAGUUUCAGAAGGAAGUCUCUUUUAUACAGUAAGGCCUGGUGCAAUGCAGGCCUACAGAGAAGCUGUGGAGUCCCAAUGGCUGAAUUAUAAGAAAAUGGUUAGUCCAAUGAAUCAAGAAGAUUAUGAGGCUUCUCCUAGCGAUUCUCUGCCGGAUGGAUCUCGGAAAAAUGAAUAUGAAGAGGAAGAAGGUGAAACAGGAUCAUACUUUCUGCCGAGAGCAUUUGAAGGCAACGUGUCAUCCAAGUUCACUCUCCAGAAAAAGAAAAUCCUCCAGCAGAAGUAUGGUCCACGAGCAUACAAUGUUGGAAAUGAUUUUUCUUAUGAUUCAUGUCUGGAAGGCAAACUUGCAAAUCGACCUUUGAUGAUUACUGGAAAAAGGCCUUCAAGUGUACCAAAUGCUGGUCCAAUUCCAACAAAGCGUGUCCGGACAGCUACUAGGCAAAGGUUGGUAAGUCCUUUUGGCGCUGGAACUACUGGAAGCCUACAAAUAACUAAUAAGAUGGAUGUUUCAAGUGGAGACAAUAAUUCUCUCCAAGAUGAUCAAAGUUCAAUGCAUGGUGGGUCUCAGUCAAGGAAAACUAUGGAAGUUGAGUCUACUGCAGACUUUGAGAGGCAAUUUCCAUAUGACGGCAGUGAGGCAUCUACAAAAUAUAAAAAAAAGAAGUCUAAGCAUUUCGGAUACUCAAUGAACCUCUCAGAUCCUGGUGUUCUAGUUGUAUCUGGAAAGGAUUCCAUGUUUGAUCAGAGGUUACAAGCUGAGUCAACGGUCCAGCAAGAGCAGAGAGAUCAGGUGAAAAGGAGAUUGGAGAAUCAGCACCAUGAAGCCAAUGGAAAUAUUGGUAUAUAUGGACAACAUGUCUCCAAAAAGCCUAAGGUCGUAAAACAACUGACAGAGCCCGCACAAGAGCCUGUCAUGCCAGCCUCUGGGUCCCUGCCUUCUCCUGUGACUUCUCAAAUGAGUAACAUGACGAAUCAAAAUAAGUUUAUAAAGAUAAUAUCUAACCGCGAUCGGGGAAAAAAGAGUAAAACUAUGAAGAUAGCUGCUGCACAGUCAGGUUCUGGAAUUGCAUGGACAACCUUUGAAGACCAGGCACUUGUUGUCUUUGUUCAUGAUAUGGGUCCAAAUUGGGAGCUAGUAAGUGAUGCUAUCAACAGCACACUGCAGUUCAAGUGUAUCUUCCGGAAACCUAAAGAAUGCAAGGAGCGCCAUAAGUGUCUAAUGGACAAGAGUGCUGGCGAUGGGGCUGAUAGUGCAGAGGAUUCAGGCUCAUCUCAACCUUAUCCAUUGACUAUACCUGGGAUCCCAAAGGGAAGUGCCAGGCAACUAUUUCAACGCCUUCAAGGACCCAUGGAAGAGGAUACCUUGAAGGCUCAUUUUGAAAAGAUCAUCUUGGUUGGGCAGAAACUGCACUCCUGUAGGAGUCAGAAGGAUACCCAAGAACUAAAACAAAUGACUCCAGUCCACAGUUCUCAUUUUGUUGCUCUUUCUCAGACAUGCCCGAACAACCUGGGUGGAGGUUUCCUAUCACCGCUUGAUCUCUGUGAUGCUAUUUCUUCAAGUCCAGAUGUACUUUCCCUUGGAUAUCAGAGUUCUCAUACAAGUGGUGUGGCAAUUCCAAGUCAUCAAGGUUCACCUGUUCUUCCCACAUCAAGUGUGAACGCCAUGUUACCAGGAACUUCUGGUGGCGUUGUAGGAAGCAACUUACAGUCACCUUCUACUCCAUUGAAUCCCCCUGCUAGGGAUGCACAAAGGUAUUGCAUGCCUAGAGCAGCUUCUUUACCCGUUGAUGACCAACAAAAAAUGCAUUAUUCCCAAAUGCUCUCUGGUAGAAAUAUGCAGCAGUCUACCUUGUCUGCACCUGGGGCUUUGCCUAUGGGUGUUGAUCGAGGUGCUAACAUGUUACCCUCGGGUAAUGGCAUGGGGAUGAUGGGUGCUAGAACCAUGCCCUUGUCGAGGCCAGGCUUUCAGGGAAUAAUCUCUCCAGGCAUGCCAAUGGUUUCUGCUGGUAGUGUGCUUGCAGGUAGUGGGGCAGGAGUGUCAAAUCCUGUCAACAUCCAUCCUGGUGCUGUUUCUGGCCCAGGAAACUCAAUGUUGAGAACACGGCCAUCUCAGAACACAGAGGACCAUAGGCAAAUGAUGAUGCAAGAUCUUUCGAUGCAAGUCUCUCAAGGUAAUGGUCAAGCUGUGCCCCCUUUCAGUGCUAUGAGUGCCCCAUUUUCUACUACAACUGGCCUUCCAUCAGUCCAGUCAUACCCAGCUCAGCAGCAGCAGCAGCAGCCCCACCAUAUGACGCAGCAACCCCACAUGCUUGGCAACCCCCACCAUCCUCAUAUUCAAAGUGUGAACCAUUCAAGCCCCCAGCAGCAAGCCUAUGCUAUGCGCCUAGCCAAGGAGAGGCAACUCCAACAACGAAUGAUGCCUCAAGCUCCGCAACCAUAUUCUCCAUCUAGUGCCAUGUCAGCAGUACAAAGUACACAGCUACAACAGCAAUCUCAGCCAUCUCCUUCUGCAACUCCACCCCCUUCACAGGCCCAACAUGGCAAGCAGCAGAUGCCACGUAAUUCACAUCCAAUCUCUGGAAUGCAAAAUCAGAUGAUGAAGCAAAGACAGAGGCAGCAAGCUCAACUGCAGCAACCUAGAAAUCAGCAGCAACAAAAACAACUGCUGCAGCAGCAGGCUAAACUUGCAAAAGGUUUAGGUGGGGGGACAAUGCAGCCACAUCAAAAUCUUAGUGUUGAUCCCUCUCAAGUCAGUGGUAUGCCUGUGGGUCCCAGAAACCAAGUUUCCGAUAAGCAUCUGAUUCAACAAGGCUCAGGCUUCUUUCCUGGAAGCUCAGUUUUAAAUUCAACUUUGCCGCAAUCCGCAAACCACCACAAAUUGUAUGCUCGGCCACCUCCUCAACCAUCAAAGCAAAUACCACCGUUGCCGUCUCAUUCAGACCAAAGUCUAAUGCCAGUUCCCAGCAGUCACACUUUAAUAGCUCCCCAGCAACCUCCACAUCCUUCUUCAAUUCCUUUGGCAGCUCCAUCGGCACCACACCAACAGCGUCACAUGAAUCAAAAUAUGCCAAGAAUGAUGCAGCAGAAUCGACAGCUAAGUUCUGAUGGUAGAAUGCAGUCUUUAGGUGAUCAAGUCCAAGUCAAUCAUAUGAUUCCAGCUACAUCACUUCCUCGGUCAGAUUCUACAAGUUCUGCUCCUUUGGUUUCCCCUGCAGUGCAGUGGAAUCCAGAGCCAUCAUAUGAUACAAACUCACCGAAUUCGACCGCUAACUUGGCUGGUUCACCCAUAGUAGGAAUUGAUGCGUCACUUCCAUCUUCCAGCGAGGGAUCAGCACAUAGACAGUUUUCUGGAAAUGUUAAGGUGGAUGGUAAUGGCGUUGGAGGGCAGCGGAAGCUACAACAAGAGUCUCAGUCACAGCUGCAGUUGCAGCAGCAACAGCAAUCUCAGCAUCCACUCCGGCAAGGGGUGCAGGGUAAUUUAUAUUCGAGACCUUCAAACUCAGGGCCAGGCUAAUAAUAGUAACUACGGGACUGUGCUUUUUCUUGAAGAGUGGCCUUUUUCACUUGUAAAAUUUAUGUACAGACAAGGAAAGCUAAGGAGAGUCGUGGUCCUCCGUCAAAGGAAAAUUUGAGCAAACCUCUCUUCCUUGGCUUUGAGAGCCUUGUAUUGGAUGCUGCCCUCUUCAUUGGUAAUCCUUUUCCUAAUGGAUAGCUUGGUUGGUCCUAUCGAUGGAAUUGUUAAAAUUCUUGUGUAACGAGAAGACGUUACAUCUGAAUGUUUGAUUGUGGGCUACUUGUGAGGCACGAGGACACGUCACCACAUUGUUAUCUACUUGUAUAAAAUGCAAGCCCCAGUGGCCAUGCUUUUUUGGGCUUUUCCUUCUUUAUCGUGCCAUUUUGAUUUGAAUCUGUAUAGAGAAGAUAUUGUAUCAAAGUGAUUAGUCUUUCAGCUCAUUGUUGUAUACAGAAAGGUGCUGAAACUGGAGCAGCGCAAUGCGUGUUGCACCCUUUUAUUUUAUUUUCCACCUCAUUCUGUGUUAUUUAUAUAUGGCUAAUUCUGUGUUAUAUUGAGCUGUGAACUUGGUAUGCUGAAAACAGCAGGUACGGCCUUUAUUGUCAUUAAUUCAUUGUGAUUGCCUUUAUCAACAGUACAUCCAAUUAUUAUCA